UACAAUACCUCACUUUCCCCCAUUCCCCGGCGCAUCUACUGUACUCGUACAUCCAGCGUUCAGGGAGGGAGGAUCCACGAUAACUUAAAAUCUCUUUUUUCACAGCCUUCCCCACAUUCCGUUCUUUCGUUCCGUGACUUAAUUUUGCCUUCCAUCCUCCCAAUCAACUAGCCUCGCGCCUUCCACGUCGCUCAUUCAGGCUUUCGAGUCUCGGGUUGCCAUCACUGAAUAAAUAAACAAAGUACAGUUCAAUCCUAACCAGCAGCAAUCUAACCAAGGGAAAAACGCUGCAGCCGCCGCCACGAUGAAGCUUCUCGGCGUGGGUUCCCCCUUCGAUCCGACGAACCGCUUCCAAACCUCCAGCAUUCUCCCCCCGGUCGUGCUCGCCUGCACCCGGCUGCUGAUCGCUUGCUACAUUUUCGCCGCGCUGUUUUACCGCAUCGCUCGCUCAGCCGUGAUCAACGGGUCGCAUGAGACGCGGAACAGCUUUUCGUACUUUACAAACCUGACGUACUGGGGGCUUGCUUGCUACUUUGCUGUCGCAGCAGUUCACACGCUUGUUUAUGCCUUUAGUGGGAGGGCUCCGUUGGGGAAGUGGCCGAAGGUGUUGCAAUUUUUGCACAGUUUGCUUUAUACUACUAUUAUUACGUUCCCGUUUUUGGUAACGGUUGUAUACUGGGUCAUCCUGGCGCCAGAUGAAAGUCCAUUCGGCACUAGAUAUUCAGCAUGGAGCAAUAUAUCCUUCCACACCCUGAACUCAGUCUUCGCGAUAUUCGAAGUCAUCAUCCCCCGCACUGAGAGCCCACCAUGGAUACACAUCCCCUUCCUAAUUCUAAUUCUAGUGGGCUACCUGGGCGUCGCCUACAUUACCAGGGCAACCAAACACUUCUACACUUAUUCCUUCCUCGACCCGGGCAAGAAAGGUUCCGGCAUGGUCGCCGCGUACGUCUUUGGCAUUGCCGUGGCUAUUUGCGCGGUGUUUGUGAUCAUCCGGCUGAUCAUUUGGCUGAGGCUGUUCCUGUGUGAGAAAGUGUUUGGUUUGAAGGGAAUGUUCUCGAGUAAGGCGCGGGGUGGAAGAGGUGAUGGAGGGGAGGGCGAGCAUGAGAGUUUGACGGAGAAGGAGCUUCCUUGAAGCUCUUCUGUCUUCGUUUUUGUUUGUUUAGGGGGGACAGGAGGGGAGGGGAUUUAAGCGCAAGUUUUGGAUAUACUUGUAAUAUUGAUUGGGUCAUGCUUCCUUUCGUCCUCCCCUCCUUUUCGUUAUUUAUCUAUUUGUUUAUUUCCUGUAAUUUGGAAGGUUGAGCGAGAGCUCGCAACCGUUGAAAGAGAUAGAGAAGGGGGGAAGCCUGAAUUCAAGCACCAAUCAUACAUACACACACUACUACCGCGCUCUACUGUACCUUUUUCCUUUCCGCCCUUGUGCUGUACUUGUGUUGUAUCAUAAUAUUAUCAUACUUUAAUACUUUAA